GCUGUGUAACGCACACAGUUUGCACGUGUUGGAUUCGGUGGCGUUUUAUUUUGUUUUCAAUUUUGGCUCUUUUCAUUAAAAAUUAGUAAAAACGCGGCGCCAUGACUGCGCUAAUAGAUUCUCCAAUUAAAAAGAAGCGCAUUUCAAAGAAAAACAAAUCUGCGUGGCGCAAAACAGACAUACAAGAUGUCGAACAGUUUCUCGAGGAUCAGCGUCUUGAGGAACGCGUUGGCACGUUCAAGGACAAGGCGGAUGAUGAACUGUUUGUGGUUGAAGGUUCACCUGCGAAGCCAGCUUUGUCGCUGCUCUCCAUUAAACAGAAGCGCAAAAUGAAUGCGCUGAAACCAAUGCGCAGCUUGCAAGCUCUAGAGAACACAUCCAAGGUGGAGGAUCCGAUUGUGAAGCGCAAUCAUGUGAAGCAGAAGAAGAACGGUCGCAACAUCGAGGAGGAGGUACGCAAUCCAACCAAGGGACGUCAUCGUCAGGCUAACGCUGAUCGUGGACGCUACUAUGAAAAGCUUGAUGAGCGUCUGGCUGAGAAGGAGGGUCGCAAGUUGGUCAACAAGACGGCCAAGAAUCUUUGGGUCGAGGAAGAUUUCCGUGAUCAAAUACCCGGACUGAAGGACGAGAAGGGUUGGGUUAGUCGUGAUCUGGCUGUGCAUAUUGCUGGCAAUGUGGGACGCAAGGUGGUCAAGGUUCAUUCCAGUCUGCAUCACAACACCACCAAGGCCAAAAAGUUCGAAGCACCGCAUCCGGGCAUGAGCUACAAUCCAUCGCUGAAGGCACAUCAGGAGCUGCUGCAGCAGGUGGUGGAGCACGAGGAGGGUGUCAUCAAGAAGGAGCAGCAUCUGAAGCGUGUCACAACCAGCAUGUUCAGCAAAGUCACGCCCGAGGAGCGUGACAAGCGUCGCCUUAUUGAAAUGAGCGAGGGAAUUCAGGAGAAUGAGGGCGAGGAAGAAGCUGAGGACGAUGAGAAGGCAUCAGCUGCUUAUCACACAGUCAAUGCUCCCGUGGAGAACAAAAAGAAGAGCAAACAGGCACGUAACAAGGAGCUCAAGCAAAAGGAGCUGCAGCGUCAACACGAGCUGAAGAAGGCGCUUAAGAAACAGACUGCUGACCUGAUCAGAAUCAAAUCUAUACGUGCCGAGAUCAAGGAAGAAGCCGAGGAUCUGAAUGAGCUGAAGAAACGUCGCAAAUUGAAGGCCGAACGCAAGAAGUUUGAGCCCAAGCGUUUGGGUCGCCACAAGUACGAGGAGCCCGAUGUCGAUGUCAAUAUGCCCGAGGACUUGGCCGGCAAUCUGCGCAAUGUGAAGACCGAGAGCAAUCUGCUUACCGAUCGCUUCAAGUUGCUGCAGAAGCGCAACAUAUUGCCCACAACGGUGGCUGUCUCACGCAAGCGGUCCAAGGUGAAACGCUAUCCACGCAACUCCCACAAGGAGCCGGGUGUCAGCUUUCAGGAUUUGCGGGAUCAACGGCGAGCAGCCGCUGCGGCGGCCAAGGCCAACAAGGACACUAUCAAAAUAUAGUCUUAGGCUUAAUUCGCUUCUCUUUUUUU